UGGUAUUCCCGGGUCACCUUCCAGGUGCCUGACUGGCAAACGCACCGUGUGCUGUGGCCCUCCCCCCGCGGAGGAGCUGUCCAGGGCCAGCGCAGACUGUCCAGACAUGACGACGGCGUUCCCGCCGCACAUCGACAGCUCAUGCUGCGGUGUAGAUGCUAACUCUGCCUCGAGGAUUUUUGGUGGUAACGAUACUGCCAUAGACGAGUACCCUUGGAUGGCGCUCCUCGAGUACAAAAGGAAGGACAAUGGCCUGAUCAAGACGUACUGCGGCGGAGCUCUCAUCAGCAACCGAUACGUGGUCACCGCCGCCCAUUGUAUCAAAGGGAAGGGUGCUUGGCCACCUAUAAACGUCCGUCUAGGGGAGUACGACACCAGCUCUGAACGUGACUGCGUGGAUUCCGACUGCGCGGAUCCGGUCGUCACCAUCGGCAUCGAAGACAUCAUCACACACCCAGAGUACAAUGCUGAUAACAGCCGGCACGAUAUUGCUCUAAUUAGGCUAGCUAGUCCUGCACCUUAUACAGACUUCAUUCGUCCAAUAUGUCUGCCUGCCUCGGACAUCUCGAGUCAAGACCCAGCUGAUCUGGAAGCGUACGUAGCUGGAUGGGGAAAGGUGAACAUGACCACCAAGAGUACGAUCAAGCAAGACCUCAAAGUACCGAUUAUUAAGACAGAGGAUUGUCAAAAGAGCUUCACCUCGCGCCUAUCCAAACCACCGACACUCUGGAGCUAUCAGCUCUGCGCCGGCGGCGAGGCGGGGAAAGACACCUGCAACGGCGACUCCGGCGGCCCCCUGAUGCUGAGCACCGGGACCCGGCACGAGCUGGUGGGCGUGGUCAGCUUCGGGCUCGUGAACUGCGGCACGGAGGGCCUGCCCGGGGUCUACACUAGCGUCUAUCCGUACUCCGCGUGGAUACGGAGGCACUUGCGGCCCUAGUUCAUUUAGACUUGUCAUGUACAAAUAAAUAAGUAUUAUGA